GUAUCAAAUCAUUGCAUGAGAGUUGACAAUGGCGAAUAAACGCCACAUGGACGCCUUUCUUCCAAAAAGCCUCUUCAUGCAGGCAUCUCAUGCACUUCCAAGACGUUUUUGUGGAAGCCAUCAAUGUCAUGUCAUGAUGGAAGUGGCAUGACAUAAGAAUGUCUUACUUCCACAGGACGAAUACCAUCUUGACACACAGACAGCCAGUCAGUACUCAGUGCAGCCAUGGCUGACCCAGCAUCAGCUCCGCCAGCCUCUGGAAACCAAGGGCUGUCUGAGGCGUACAUCCAGGCCAACAAGGGCCCAGAGGCCAUCGCCAUCAUCACCACCAUCGUUGCCGUCAGCACCGUCUUUGUGUUUGCUCGUCUCUUUGUGCGGACGAGGAUACUGGGGAAGCUAGAGGUGGAUGAUUGUUUGAUCCUCCUCGGAGCAGCAUGUGCAUGGAUCUGCGUCGGCAUGACCAUUGCCUCCGUGCACUAUGGAUUCGGCAAGCACUUCGACGUCUUAACCCUCGAUGAAAAGCAGCACAUGAUCAAAUGGGCCUUCUUCAGCUUCACGCCCAGCAUUCUCGCCUUCACCAUCCCCAAGUUCGCCGUCGUGUCUCUGCUGACGCGGCUACUGAACCCGAGCCGGUGGCACCGUGUUUUCCUCUGGGUGCUGGUCGGCACUUGCCAGGUGGCUAUCCUUGGCUGCGCCGUCAUCUUGUUUGCCCAGUGCACGCCUUCGCGGGCGCAAUGGGACUUUUCGAUUACCAACGCAAAGUGCUGGAGUCCGUGGUUGUUGGUGAGGUAUUCGAUGGUUGCUGGAUGUUUCUCCGGCCUUACCGAUCUUUACCUCGCCGUUUACCCCACCAUCGUCCUCUUCAAACUGCAGAUCAACAACAAGAAGAAGAUCGCCCUCUGCUUCGCCCUGGGCAUCGGGUCCGUCUCGGCAAUCGUCUCCAUCUACAAAUCCACUCGUCUGCCCUCUCUGGCCGGGACUGAUUUCUCCUGGGAUACCACUGAUCUGGUCAUCUGGUCCCUCAUCGAAGGCAGCACCAUAAUAAUCGCCUCCUGCAUCCCCCUCCUCCAACCGCUCCUCGACGUCCUCAUGGGCCGGCGCACCCUCUGCAGCACCCCUCAGUCACGCGGCUACAAGUCCAGUGGAGCCUACGGCCGGCACACCCACAAGCAACUGUCCAAGUCCACCGACGUGGAACUCCAAGCCGGCAGUGGCAACAAGUCCAAGAACAAUACCUUGAGAUCGAAAUCAAAGGUAGCGUACCCAGACGAUGAUUUACUAAGGACUGUCGUGGCGCCGGCCGAGUCGGAUACUUGUUCUGCUACCGAAGUGGGAGGAGAGGAUGGGUAUAGUCAUAACGCGAAGGCCUCGGAGAGUCAGGAGAGUAUUUUGAUUUUGAUGACAAACGGACAGGAGGCAGGGCAUGGGCAUGGGCAUGGGCAUGGGCAUGAUGGCAAGGGACAGAUGCAGGUUCACGCCAUGCAAAAGGGUAAUGGAAUUGAAUGCUCACGGUCUUCGGCGGGGACGGUGACGGGGGUGGUGAUGGGUGGACAUGGAAAGGGCAAUGGGAAUGGGAAUGGGGGAGGGCCUGGUGUUCCGGGUCGUGCCACGCCCACUCCUGCGGGAACGAUUAUGAGGACGCAAGAGGUUACGAUGACUGUUGAGGGACGUGGUAGUGAUAUGCCUGCCUACCCUGCUAGGACGGCGAGGUGGUAAAGCUCAAAGAGAGAGAUACGAGGGCAUCGUGGAAGGGAUAGGUCAAGGCUUGAGCUGUAAACCAGCGUAUGCUUCUGAAAAGAGCGGGUGAUGAAAUGGAGGGAAGGUGGCG